AUGUGUGGGGCUGGGGGGCCCCCCCGCUUCCUGCAGAGACGGGCCCUGGCAGGUCAGGGCAGCUGGGGCUGUCCUCCCGGACAGAAGCGGGCAGCCCACCUCCCCGCUGAAAGGGAAAGGGGCGGGUGGAGCAGCUUUUCAUUUAUGAAAAGGCCGUGCCCUCAGCCCCUGGUCAGAGCAGUGCCUGCCUGGCUGGAGAGCAUGGUCAGUGGGAGCCGCAGGCUGAGCUGCAAGGUAAGCCACCACGCCCAGCAGCCUAGCCGGGCCGCUCCCUCCUCUUCAGCUGCCCAGGAAGGCUUGUCUGAGCCCCAUCCCCUCCCCGCCCAGCCAUCCUGCGGCCACGGAACUAAAGAAGGGAAGGCUCCAGAGCCUCCCAGGGGCCAGCCCCGCCCCUCUCCAGGGGAGCCUCACUCUGAACCCCCACAUAGUUUACAGAUAGGAUCACGGGCUCCACUGCCAAACCCCACGCUCAUUCGGACCACGUGUGUCCCAGGCUAA